AUGAAAAACCAAACCUACAUGACAGAAUUUAUUCUGCUGGGACUGACAGACAUCCCAGAGAUUCGACUUGUAAUCUUUGGACUUCUCUUCCUCACCUACGUACUCAGCAUCUUAGGGAACUUGACAAUCAUCACCCUCACUCUCCUGGACUCCCACCUCCAGACUCCCAUGUACUUCUUCCUCCGAAACUUCUCCUUCUUAGAAAUUUCCUUUACAACCACUUUUACUCCGAGGCUGCUCUUCAGCAUCUCCACUGGGAACAAGAGCAUCAGCUUUGCGGGGUGCUUCGCUCAGUAUUUCUUUGCCAUAUUCCUCGGGGCCACAGAGUUUUACCUUCUGGCUGCCAUGUCCUAUGACCGCUAUGUGGCCAUCUGCAAACCCCUGCAUUACACAACCAUCAUGAGCAACAGAGUCUGCAUCCAGCUGGUUCUCUGCUCCUGGCUAGGUGGACUCCUCAUCAUUCUCUCCCCAAUCAUCAUGACCAGUCAGCUGGAUUUCUGUGCCUCCAAUGUCCUGAAUCAUUAUUACUGUGACUAUGGACCUCUCAUAGAAAUAUCUUGCUCAGACACACAGCUCCUAGAGCUGAUUGACUUUAUCUUAGCAGUUGUGACCUUGGUGGUCACCCUAGUGCUGGUGAUUGUCUCCUACGCACGCAUCAUCCAGACCAUUCUGAAGAUCCCCUCUGCUCAGCAAAGGCAGAAGGCUCUUUCCACGUGUUCCUCCCACAUGAUCGUCAUCUCCCUCUCUUAUAGCAGCUGCAUCUUCAUGUACAUAAAACCUUCGGCAAAAGAAGGAGUUGCCUUCAAUAAGGGGGCUAGCUGUACUCAAUACCUCAAUUGCCCCUUUAUUAAACCCUUUCAUUUACACUCUGAGGAAUAAACAAGUAAAACAAGCCUUCAAUAAUGUGGCCAGAAAAAUAGCGCA